AUGGCUUCGACCCUUGUGAAGAUGGCUCUCCUUCUUUAUGGCCCUCUCAGUCGAGGAUCGUGGCCUAAAAAGCUCGCGGAAUCGAGGGCGGCGUACGAUUCUCUGAAAAGCCACUUUCUACGCUAUAUCGAGCAUCCAAACAACCUUCACUCCUCAUCAGACCCCCUCGCGGAUGAUGACAAUUCUCCGUGGUCAACGCUACGGCAGGAUGAGAUUGCUAGAGAGGAAAUAUUUCAGGAUGUGACUCGCUGCAUGCAAGACAACUACUUCUUCCGCGAACCUGCGACGCAAAAGAGACUCCUGGAUAUUCUAUUUAUCUAUUCAAAGCUUAACCCAGACGUUGGUUACAGGCAGGGCAUGCACGAGCUGCUAGCACCUAUAUUGUGGGUGGUCCAACAAGAUGCAGUUGAUCCCACGAGUGUCCCUGCUGCAGCUCAAACUAUGGACGAUGUCGAUUUUAUGCAAGAGGCGCUAGGGCACAAAUACGUUGAGCAUGACUCAUUCAGCCUCUUUUGCGCCGUCAUGCAGAAUGCAAAGGGCUCGUAUGAGACGGGAGACAGCAAGGAUGCGUCGCCAAUCAUUGCGAGAAGCAAGAAAAUCCAUGACGACAUCCUUGCAGCUGUUGACCCCGAGUUAGCUCUUCACCUACACGUUGUUGGUAUCCUUCCCCAGAUAUACUCGAUCCGAUGGAUUCGUCUCCUCUUUGGCCGCGAGUUUGAGUUUCAAGAGGUACUUCGCGUCUGGGAUCUCCUCUUUGCAGAGAAUCUGAGACCGGACAUUGUCGACCUGACUUGCGUCGCGAUGCUGCUGCGAUCCCGCUGGACCUUGAUCGAUGCCGAUUAUACCACUGCGAUUACUGCGUUGACUCAUUACACGCUGCCGCAUUCCUCUGGAGGGCCCCGCUCACUUGUCAGAGAUGCAGUAUUCCUCGAGAGAAACAGAACCAUUGAAGCUGGAGCGACAGUCAUCCAGCAUUAUACAGGGCGUCGUCCAAAACAGACAGACCCACAAAGUAGCCGCAGCUCUUCGACCGCGAGAACAGUAAGGUCUCCUCAGCUGCGACAAUCACCAAGCCACUCGCCUGGUAGAUUUACUUCUUCUCAGAAACAACUCGAGAGCCUGUUCCAAGAAGUGACAGGUGGACUACAGAAGCGGACCGAGGGGUGGAACGUCUCGAAAGCUGUAAGGAGUGCGGUUGGCGAAGUCCGCCGCAAUAUGAACAAUUAUCAAACAUCCCAUUCCCGCCAGACUAGCCGCGACACACCCGAUGCUGGGAAGUCGGAUUCGGCUCAAUUCUUGCAACAGAGGCUCAACGAACUGCAGGAGCGAAACCACUUGCUAUCCAAAAUGCUCGAAGAUGCUGUUGACUCUUUGAGAACAGUCAAGCUGACGACCAAGGAAGGUGUCGAUGAAGCCGAGCACAAUCUCAAUAUUUCUCUGGCCAAGAUACAAUUUGUCUCCGUCUACCUCGCCGAUCCGGAGAUACCCAUUCCCAAAGGGGAGAGUACGGCGGAUGUGGAAGUAGACCAUCAGUUGGACGAGAAGACCGCGACCGCAGCACCCGCAGCACAGGCGACCGCGCUUACGGGAAACUUGGUAAGACCGAAGAACCACGAGGCUGGAAAAGUGGCCGCCGAAGUCGGGAGCGGGCUACAGCCAGCUCCAGCACGCCCGUCGUUGAUGGAUUCUUCGUUCUCGUUUAUGCUAGGAGAGAACAGACAUCGCUCAAGCUUUGUCAGUUCCGUGGCCGCAUUGCCAGAGCAGGAAAGAGGGAACGACCUGAAGAGUGGACAGAAGAUGGCAGCAGAAGAUGAGAAACGACAGCAGGAUGGCUCGCGUAAAGGAUCUGCUGUUGACGAUGGAGGCUUCACGUUGGCUAAAAUUCAAGGCGGACGGCAAGGCUGA